AUGUGGCUGUUAUUGUUUCUCAGCUUUUUGCAUAUAAGCAAGAAUGCAUUUUCUCGUGAACUUAAUAGAGCUAGAGCUCUGAAUGUAGAAGAUGAAAAAGCUGUCCACCGCUUCACCUCCUUCCAGUCCGCUGCUCUUCUUUUCCUCUUUCUUCUCGUCUCUAUCGCUCUUCUUCACUCUGAAACUACUACUAUUCUUCCUCUCCUUCCUGAUCUCUUCUCCGCUUUCGGUUCUGCUCUCUUCUUCUUGCAAUACUCCGUCUCUUUCUCUACGGCUUCCGUUCAUAUCUCCGACCUCCAAGCCAAAUGCGACUCUGUUUGCUUUCCUCUGCUUGAUUCUCGCCUUCCAGCCAGGUUGUUUAUAGCUGAUGUUGGAUUGGCUGCCGCCAUUUGCUUGCAGGGUCUUUGGGUCUUCUGGACUGGGCUUUCCCUUUAUGUUGAAGCGUUUAUUCCUGAGGAUUGUCGUUGCUUAAUGCGGCGUGAUCCGGAAGAGUCUAGGCUGAGCGCUGUGGCUAUUUCGGACCUGGUUUUUGUGUUCAUGAUUAGGAUCAGGGGAUUGGCUUCAUACGAGGCUUUGCGUACUAUUGCUUCUGAUUCUAAUCACAUUCAGAUGAAGGCUUUGACUGGUAUGCUAGAAACGUUUGAUGGCUUGCCGUUAGAUGUAGGCUUAUCCAUGUAG